CCAAAAAGACCGCAACAAAUUCAACAUUCACAAAGUCAGAAUCACCCACACACACACAGUCACAGAGUGAAGAGAGAGAGAGAGAGAAAAAUGGCGUGGUGCGCAGCAAGAAGCUUCCAUUUACCGGCGAUAGACGCCGGCGCACUUCGCGUGAAAGGCCAAAUUGCCGCCGGAGUUGGCUGUGUUUCAUUUGCCGGCACCAACAUUUGGCGCUCUAAACCCUUUGCUUGCUUAGCCAUUUCUACUGAUGCCAGUUUAAAGGAAGCUGUCAAAACAGACAAGGCUCCUGCAGCAUUGGGACCAUAUUCUCAAGCCAUCAAAGCAAACAACAUGGUCUUUGUAUCUGGUGUUCUGGGUCUUGUGCCAGAGACUGGAAAGUUUGUCUCAGAGAAUGUGGAGGAGCAAACUGAACAGGUUCUCAAAAACAUGGGUGAAAUUUUGAAAGCUAGUGGAGCAAAUUAUUCAUCUGUAGUCAAAACGACUAUCAUGUUGGCGGACUUGAAAGACUUCAAGAAAGUAAAUGAGAUAUAUGCUAAGUAUUUCUCAUCCACACCUCCAGCUCGAUCAACUUACCAGGUUGCGGCAUUGCCCCUGGAUGCGAGGAUUGAAAUUGAGUGCAUUGCUGCUCUUUAGGUUCAUCAUCAUUACUGACUUAGCAGAGGUCAAUAAAGUUGUUACGACUGACGAGCAUCUUGGUGCUUUUAGCAUCCUGCCAUGUUUAUAUUAGUUUCCCUCUACCUUCUGCUGGAUGUACACAGCUCAAUGCAUUCCACUCAUCGUAUAAUUUGACCUUUGAGCUUAGAGAAUCUUAUCUCUUUAGUAAAGACAGUGGGUGCUAUUCGAUUUGUUUUUCCUUUAAUGAAGCACUCAUGAUUCCAUCUUCAA